UUUAUUUUGUAAGCCACGAACGAGACUCCGCCCUUCCGCUUCCUGUCGGAAGGCGCGCUCUUCAAAACGUCCGGGCGAAGAAGGCGCGAGGAGGUUGAAACAUUUCUGCGCGUGUUCGCUUCCCUCACGGUUCCGUGUCCUCGCGUUCUCAGGUCUGAAGAUGAUCGGCAGGAAGCGACCGACUGUGGACUCUGACAGCUUCUAUGGCAAGAACAGCCCCGGAUACCUCACCCCCCUGGAGAGGAGGGUCCUGAGGGAGUGUUUGCCCCGCCCUGACCCUAAUCCCGCCCCUAAUCCCGCCCCAUCUGUGGUCAAACAGAAGAAAAGCAGAAGCAUCUCAUCAAAGAAAAAGAAGCCGUCCAGACCCAGCAGUCACGGCAAUGCUGAUGAUCACAAACCAGGAGGCGGGGCUACAGCCAGGCGGUCAGAGGCCGCCCCCACCCUCAUCUUCAAAGCCUCCCUGAAACCGAAGCCCCACCUCUAUGUGGGGGCCGCCUUCUUCGGGACCGGCAGGAAGCCUGCGUCCAUGUACAAAAGGUCCACCCCCAAGUCAUCUAGGCCCGCCCCCAGCAGGAACCCCCCCCAGCAGGCGGAGCAGAGGAAGAGGAGGAGCGCUCUAGAGGAUGAAGAUGUUCAGAGUAGAAGCUCCGCCCCCGAUCAGCAGAAACUCACCAACCAGCAGCUCCAGUCUGAGAGUCUGAGCUGCACCAACCAGACGGACUCUUUGAUCUUCUCAGUAGACUCCGCCCCUCCCAAAGAGUCGGCUGCUGUUUACCCGAUCUUUGGUUCUGCUUCAAAAAGGGUCAGGAGAGCGUCGCUGCCACCAUCCACCUCCUGCAGCUCCUCUGGGGGCCUCCUGCGCUCCCUCCAGCCUCCUGCAGGAGCGCCGACGGAGAGGAGCGUCCGCAGAAAGAGGGAGGGGGGGCGGAGCGACCAGCUGAUCAUUGACGCGGGUCAGAAAGGCUUCGGAGCGACGACCUGCAGCUCCUGCGGGAUGGUCUACAGCGCCGACAACCCGGAAGACCUCUUCCAGCAUUCCCAUUUCCACCUGAAGCUGCUCGGCGCCCUCAAGUUUGUGGGCUGGAAGAAGGAGCGGGUGGUGGCCCAGUUCUGGGAUGGAAAGAUGAUCCUGGUUCUGCCGGACGACCCCAAACACGCUGUGAAGAAGGCGGAGGACGUGCGGCGCGUGGCGGACGACGAGCUGGGCUUCCAGCAGGUGGCGCUGAGCCGGCCCUCCCAAUCCAAAACCUACCUGUUUAUCAGCACCGACCGGACGGUGGUGGGCUGUGUGGUUGCUGAACCCAUUCGCCAGGCGUACAGGGUGGUGCAGCAGGCGGUUGUAGCCGAGGCCUCGCCAGACGACUUCAUGGAGCGCCAUCGCGCCUGGUGCUGCUCCACCGUGCCAGAACCCGCUCUGUGCGGCAUCAGUCGCAUCUGGGUCUUUGGGCCGGCCCGACGCCAGGGCGUGGCCACCCGCAUGCUGGACACGGUCAGGAGCACGUUUGUGUUCGGGAGUCAUCUGACCACAGAGGAGCUGGCGUUCUCUGACCCCACCCCUGAUGGAAAACUGUUCGCCACCAAGUACUGCGACACCCCCACCUUCCUGGUCUACAACUUUGUUGCUUGAAUGUUUCUGCUGAAGUUCUGAGGUUUUAUUCAUUUUUCUGUUUGUUCUGAGAAACCUGGAGCCUCGUUUGGUUGUACAGAACUUUAAUAAACGUUAUGAUUCUAUGA